UUGAUAGCAGUCGUCGAUAUUAUCCCAGCACUAGUCUAGCAAGCAAUAAACAAAAUAGACCAAUUUCGUCAAUUAUUUAGCAAUAUCACUGUUACAAGGCUUAAAAACCAAUCUCAAUGGCACAACGGCAGCUGAGUUCUGCCAAGUGACACAAAGAUGCAGCCGUAAUUGCUGUCAAGCAAACCACGCAUCAAGAAGCAUUGAACGUGCUGUCAGUGCGAAGAAAUCUGUACUUGCCUUUGUUUUUGGCAGUCGAGUUUGUGAAUUAUUACCCAUAUGGAUGAGAAUAAGACUUUUAGAUGCGACGUGGAUGGAUGCGGCAAAGCGUUCUGGUUCAAAGCCGCAUUACAACGCCAUCGGAAAACGCACAUCGUUGAGCCACCCGAUACCCCAGUUGUGACUUGGGGUUGCAGUGAUUGUCCUAAAUUCUUUUGCAAUGUGGAAUCGUUGCGACGACAUUUCAAAACAACACACGGCAAUGUUGUCCUCUAUCCUUGCGAUUUCGAGGGAUGCAAUCAAAUGUUUCAGCGCAAGGACAAUCUAGUUCGACACGCAAGGUCGCACAAGGAUGGCAAGAACUGUUGUGACAUUUGCGGCAGAUCCUUCGCUCGCAAGGAUGCCCUAACAAGGCAUAAGAAAGUUCAUACUAAAAAGAAAAAUGUUAAAAUCGAAAGAAACUGAAAGUUGUGGCACAACUGGAUCUCCUGUUUCCGCUAUUGAAAUUAAUGCAACUAUUGCCAUGCAACUAUGGUCACUAUGAAUUUUUAAUGCGUUUAUGGACCAGCGCAUUUAAGGGCUUUCACCACAUGAUGACAAGACCUUCGCGCAGUCAAGUACGUGAGAAAUUAUUACAUCAAGAGUGUUUUAAUAUGUAAAUUGUAUAAAAACUAGAAAAAAAGAAUCAAUUAAGAAUAAAUUAUUCGAUUAGUACAAUAUAAACACAA